UGCUCGGAGGGAGCGGAAGCAGCUGGUGAUGCUGGAACAAACAUGGCUGCCCCGGCGCCCCUCGGCCCCUCGGGCUCCCGCUGUCCUCGGCUCGUCGCGGGCCUCCGGUGGCUUCCGCUACUGGGGCUGCUGCAGCUGCUGGUGGAGCCCGGCCUGGGCCGCGUCCACCACCUGGCGCUGAAGGAUGACGUGAGGCAUAAGGUUCAUCUAAACACCUUUGGAUUCUUCAAGAAUGGGAGCAUGGUGGUUACUGUCAACAGCCUUUCAGUGACGGAAGGAGCCACAGACAAGGACCUGACUAUUGGAUUCAGCCUCGACCGUUCCAAGAAUGACGGAUUUUCUUCUUCCCUGGAUGAAGAUGUGAAUUACUGUAUUUUCAGGAAACAGUUUGUCUCUGUCCCCCUUCUAAUCCUAAACUUCUCCAGAAGUGAAGUGAAAGUAAAAUCUCCACCAGAAGCUGGUACCCAGUUACCAAAGAUCAUCUUCAGCAACGAUGAGAAAGUCCUUGGCCAGAGCCAGGAGGCUGGUGUCCCCCCGGUUUCCGCAGGCAGCCAGACUGAGACGAGACGAGGUAAAGAGAGUGGAAAGUCUAAAAGAAGUACAGAAGAUUCAAAGGCAAUGGAAGAGAAAUCCUUUUCUGUUCGUAAUAAUGGCAGGGCACUUUCAUUUCGGUUUUUCUUUAACAUCAGCACCAAUGAGCAGGAAGGCCUCUACAGUCUUUAUUUGCAUAAAUGCACUGGACCUAAAAUGCAGUCUAAUGACAAGUUUUCAUUCAGCCUUGAUAUUGAGAUCACGGAGAAGAAUCCUGACAGCUACCUCUCUGCAGGAGAAAUCCCUCUCCCUAAGUUAUACAUUUCUAUGGCCUUUUUCUUUUUCCUUUCUGGGACCAUCUGGAUUCACAUUCUUCGAAAACGACGUUUGAAAGGGGCCCUGCUGUUCAUCACCAUCGCGCUCAUUGGCACUGGCUGGGCUUUCAUCAAGCACAUCCUUUCCGAUAAAGACAAAAAGAUCUUCAUGAUUGUCAUCCCUCUCCAGGUCCUGGCAAACGUGGCCUACAUCAUCAUAGAAUCCACUGAGGAGGGGACCACGGAGUAUGCCUUGUGGAAGGAUUCUCUGUUUCUGGUGGACCUGCUGUGCUGUGGGGCCAUCCUCUUCCCAGUGGUGUGGUCCAUCAGGCAUUUACAAGAAGCAUCGGCAACAGAUGGAAAAGCUGCUAUUAACUUAGCAAAGCUGAAACUUUUCAGACAUUAUUACGUCUUGAUCGUAUGUUACAUAUACUUCACCAGGAUCAUUGCAUUUUUCCUCAAAUUCGCUGUUCCGUUCCAGUGGAAGUGGCUCUAUCAGCUCAUGGAUGAAAUGGCCACUCUGGUGUUCUUUGUUCUCACCGGGUACAAGUUCCGCCCAGCUUCAGAUAACCCCUACCUACAGCUUUCUCAGGAAGACGAUGACCUGGAAAUGGAAUCUGUCGUGACGACGUCAGGGGUGAUGGAGAACAUGAAGAAAGUCAAGAAGGUGACCAAUGGCUCGGUGGAGCCCCAGGGCAACUGGGAAUGCGCCGCGUGAUGGAGCACGCUCGAGGCUGGCCCCGCGAAGACACUUAAUUUAUUAAUAGUCCUCUUGGUGAGCGAGAGCAGCUGGCACUUCCCGACAGUGACACCACAGCGCGCGCUGGGAGCAGAGUGCCACGGAAGCCCUUUUUUUACUCUUUUAUGGAAACUGAUCUGUGGCUGGUCGUAGGCAGCUGGAUUUCUCCUUCAGGUGGGCACGCUGCGGAGGGAGUGUAGCGAGGAAGAGAAUAAAAGGAAGACUUCGUUUUGAUUUAUAUAUUUUUAAUUGGGAGGGAGCUCUUAGGGUAUGUGCAGUGUGACCCCCAGUGUGUAGCACAUCAGAAUGGACGGUGGGUGGGGAGGAAGUCACCAUCCGUGUCAUCACAGCUCAGGCUGACAGGGGAUGGAGAGGGUUGCUGCAGCUUUUGGAGACAAAAACGAAUGAAAUUAGGUGAUUCUAGGAAGCAGGGUCAAAACUGAUUAGUAUGCCGAGCCUGCCCCAGACUCGUGUCCCCAAAGGUGGCCUCAGGCCUUUCUCCCGGAUCCUGAAAGGGUCCAGGAACCAGCAGCUCUGGGAGCGGUGUCUUUCCAAGGGGCUCUGCGUGGGGCUGGGUGUCACAGCCCGGGGCGGGGGGCAGGGGGAGGGGGAAUGGUGUUCUUGAUGGAAGGGUGUUCUGUGUUGCCUAAAGGAUGGACAGAAAUAUAUUUUUAGCUCAAAAGCAUUCUGUAGGGUUUUCUUGAACAUCCAGAAAAGUUCCCUCUCCUCGUGGUUCGUGUCCACUUGGUGUGAUGGGAGUCUGGGGGAGGGGAGACUUUCCUUCAGGAGCAGCUGGGGCAGGAAAGGAGGUGUGAUUAUCAUCACCAAGCUUUCCCCGUGAGCCAGAGGGUUCUGGACAGAGCAGGUGGCCAGCUGCCCCGUCUGCGUCUGCAGUGUGUGGGGAAGUGUGACUGGCGGCUUAGGCUCAGGGCCGGGAGGCGUCUCACAGGAACUCGGGUUCCCUUGCGGACUCUCCGAGCGUGGGGACCGACACGGGUGCUGCCCCCAGCGAACAGCAUUGCACCUAAGCGGUUGGAAGCCGGCCGCUCCGAAGGCCCGUUGUGGCGGGGGCUUCGCGAUUAUUCCCACUAGGAGCGUGGCCACGCAGGACGGCUCCCUCCUGCUCGGGUGGCAGGCGGACAGGCACAGUCCCUGGUGGUGGUUUGCUUACCUCCGGCCUAGAGGGCCGCUCAGAAACCACAAGAUUUAGGGGUGGCUCCAUAUCCCAGGUUUGGGAACCUGAAGUCUUUCCUCAAAAACAGUUGUUUUCCCUCUGCUGUGCCGUUUCCCCUUCCUGCUGGCCCGGGAGGAGGAAGCGUCCUCCUCAUGCACUUCCAGUGGCCUCUGUGCUCGGCCCGGCCCUCGGGCUGGUCCUGCUCUGCAGUCCUCGGGGCGGGGCCACGCGUCUCCCCGUCUCCAGGACGGAAGUACAGCCUCAGUAUUCAUCUAAGGGUCAGUUCUCUUUCUCUUUUCACUUGGAGCUAUGUGACGGGGCCGGACGUUGUAGAGAAGAUGGGGAUAUCUUUAAAGCUUUAUUUUCCUGUCCCGACAAUCCCAGCGCUGCAGAAGUGUCUCAACCCACGCUUAGGGUGCUUCCCUUGCCGGGGGGGCGGGGGGCGGGCAUUCACUGCUUGUCCUGCAAGCAGAUGUUCUUGACUCAGUCAUAGAUUUCUUGGCAAGAACCAAAGUGAGAUGAAAACUCCCUCCUGAAAGGUCUCCACGGAGGAAGGGAGUGCGUGAGGAGCAGGGAGGACGGGAACGUGAGCGGCCAGCCCGCACCGCUCCUGCCUCCUGCCCCUCGCAGCUCCCAUCCUCAGCAGCCACAUUCGGGCCGAGCCAGAGGGCUGGCUUCUGUGGGACGGGGCGUCCUUUAAAGCCCAUGCCUACCUCCAGCAGCCUCUGGGCUCUCGCAGCACCUGCGGGGCCGCCUUCCCUCCCAGGCUGGCCCUUCGGGGCAGGAGCACAGGGAGAGGGGCCGUGGUUUGGAAACAGGCUGCCACGGCCUUCCCACCACACAGCACGUCUGCCCGUGUCCUGCAUGUAACACGGAAGGUCUAUAGUCAGGCCGAUGAUUAGGGAACAUCCAAACCCAGCCCGUGACGGGAAGGCAGGUGGUGGGUCAGGUUUUCAGAAUUACUUGAGCUGUCUGUCCUGUUCUGUGAACAUUUCUUCCCUUUCUCUGUCACUUCACAGUUGGGACCAGCAGGCACUUGAGUCAAGGUGACUGGCUGGGGUCCAAAGCACAGUUGCUCUCCAGCCACAGCCUUCCUGCAGCCCGAGUUCAGGUCCCGGCUCCUUGAGCUGCGGAGCUCGCACGGUUAAGCCUCCCAGAGUCUCGGCUGGGCGGGGAGGACGGGUGCACAUCACAGAGCCCUCGUGUUUAUAGCUUCACUCUGUGCUCCCUCCCUGCUCUGCCCACACGAAACCUGCCGUGGACUGGGAACCCUGCUGCUGGGAAGGUUCAGGAAGUGCAGGCUCUGUUUGCCUUUAAUAAAGUCCGUGUCUUUUGUAGAAAAUUACUUCUUGGACCACAACAAAGGUCAUUGGUCUCUCAGUCCUGGCUCUUACCAGUGGCCAGAGAUGCCAUCAGCCUAGUUCUGGCCCCUCCAGACUUUAAAAUGUUAGUAGCAACGCAGUGCCGCUGAGCGCGAUGCCGGAGGCAGCUGCCCAUCCUGCCAGGGAAGCUGCUCGAGUGCAGGAGGUGCUUGCUCAGGUCACAGCCCGAGUCAGUCCAGCUUUCCCUCAAGAAACCACUCGAGUGAAAUUGCCAGGCGCUUUCUCCCCUAGACGCGGCCAGCCAGGCAGGCAGCUCUUGGUCUCGUAAGUCCACUUCACGUGUCUGUCGUGGCAGGAUUUCCUCCUCGACACUGUCUCAUCAGGAUCUCUGCUCUCCUUCCACAGCCUGCCCCCCCUUCCCCUCUCCUCCUCCUUCACCCCCCCACCCCCGCCCACAUCUAUUGAUUCCACGGAGGCUCGGUCCUGGGAAUACAGGCUGCAGGCUUUGGUGCAUUGCAGCGUUUUCUCCCGGAAGCUCUGGAGGGAUGCGUUGGCUAAGCUCAGGAGAGUUUUACCAGGAGGUCGUACUAACGCGUGUAUCAUUGCUUUGGCCCGGAUGUGGGGUUCUUCCUGCAUUCCAGUGUAUGUCCUGGCACUUCCGAGUCUACUGCAAGGAGCCGGCCCUUACAGCCUCCAGAGGAGUGACACGAUGCCCGUUGUUAUUACAGGUGGCAUCUGGCCAUUUCCCCAUCCGAAGUGUUGUCUUCCAGCGGGGCCGGGCCCAUCAGGCAGUCUGAUGAGGUUGGCCCUGCUCCAUACCCCGGUGGGACAGCAGAGCCUCCAUGCUGCCCGCUGCCAACUCCACCCCUUCCACUCCACGCUCCCCGUUGGCGGGCCUCUGAACCAGUUCACAAUGUGCAGGGUCCAGGGGGCCUGGGACCCGCUGCUUUCCCCCUCGGGAGUCACUAAAUCAAUGGCUUCCCCACGAAAGAAGUUAGGCUCUGACUCGGUGCCUCUUGGUACAUCACAAAGGCGUUCGUGGGAACAUGCCAGCGGUUCUCAGAUCUGCUCUGUGCUCCUGUUUCUCUAGGAUGUUUGGCAGGAAGUCUUUAAAAGGGACCCACCUGUGCCCGGCCGGUGUGGGUCAGUGGUUGAGUGUCAACCUGUGAACCAGGAGGUCACAGUUCGAUUCUUGGUCAGGGCAUAUGCCAGGUUGCGGGCUCGAUCCACAGUGUGGGGUGUGCAGGAGGCAGCCGAUCAAUGAUUCUCUCUCAUUGAUGUUUCUCUCUAUUCCUCUCCCUUCUUUUGUGAAAUCAGUAAAAAUAUAUUUUGGAAGAAGGGAUCCACCUGCAUUGCCACCGCCUGGAAUGUAGUGACCUGAACACUCCAAACUCCCCAGGCCUUUGGGAAGGGGGAGUUCUGGACAAAGUCAGUAAAUGUCCAAGCAAAAUAGGAAAACUAACUCACUCCCAAGAGUCAGCUGCUCUGAGGCAAGGUGCGUGGUGCGCAGCUCAGACGGGGCCUGAGGGCCAGCCUCCUCGCAUUUAAGAUACUUACUAACCAAAGGGGCCAGAGCCCUGUGCAAACAAGGGGCUUUCUUGACCUCGGGGCGUUUAUAGAUCAUGAAUUGGAUUUCCUCGUCAUUGACCACAAAAGAAGUCAGACACAUCGAAUCCAGAAUCAAGUUACAUUUGGGGGAGACAAUGCCUGUACAUAUCAUUUGCUUUCCUUGUUAGAUUGGGGUGCAGAAGGCACUUUCAGUAUUUUUUUAACAAUGAUCAUUGAAGAGCAUUUAUGUAAACAGGAUGGGUGGGGCUUCCGAUCCGGGUGCUGUUGGGGAUGGCUUCUCGCUGUGAUGCAAACAUGUAAAAUAAAGAUUCUCUGACGGAAA